AAUCGCUAGGCGUUGUUGUCAGUUGUCUUGGAUUUAGUUAGAGGUUGCAUAUCGGCCGACGACGACGUUGAAAAUAUAUAAAAUCACCAGACACAGCGAUUUCCACAUCAAUGAUCAUGGGGAAAUUCGGCACACUGGUUGCCAUGGUGAUGGCAAUUUGUUGGAUGUCUAACCUGAUCAAUGGAGACGAUGGAGGCAAUAUCUGCAUAUCUACUGGAUCAAGAACUGAAUUGGUGCCUGAAGUUGAAGUCAAGGAAGUCCGAAAAGUAGACUACCUGCCUUGCGGAGAAUGUGGAUGCGAUACAUGUAUUGAAUACAGCACCGUCUUUGUGAAUCGUACAACAUACGAGAAUCGCACAGUAUACUAUAACAUUGAAGAGUGCUGCAAAGGCUGGGCUGGAGAAAACUGUGACAUACCUCUGUGUAACCCACAUUGCGAGGACGGUUCCGUAUGUGUGGCACCAGACACUUGUAGCUGUCCCCCUGGCUAUGAACUUGACGAUGGCGAGUGUGAAGAUAUUGACGAAUGCGAUACUGCAAAUGACGGAGGCUGUGAACACGACUGUGAAAACACCGACGGUUCUUAUCACUGUGAGUGCGAUGAAGGUUAUACCUUGAACGAGGAUGGUCGGUCAUGUGACUUCCAAUGUAACGUGAUAAACUCCAAGUGUAUCGACUGCAGUCGCUACCAGAUCUUCACCGCCCGAUCAGAGACUGGCGAAAUCACUUGGCUAGAAGCCAAGGAAACGUGCGAGAACCUCGGUGGCGUGUUGGCCAUGUUAAAAACACAGAAGAUAAACAAGCAAGUUCGUCAAUACAUAUACAGUAACAAUCUGGAUGCUGAAGUCACCAAGGGCUUCUGGUUCGGGUUGCACGAUCGUAACCAGGAGGGAGACUUUGAGUGGAUGGACCAGACAAAACUGGCUGAUACUGGAUUCACAUACUGGGCUGAUGACAAUCCUAAUAACAAUGAUAAGAAAGACGUCAAUGGACAGGACUGUGUACAACUAUGGAAAGCGUCAAGCUUUAAGUGGGACGAUGACUACUGCAGUGACGAUGCCAACCUCAGAAAGAAAGGAUAUAUCUGUGAAUUUAACAUUUGUGGGUGCACGUGCGACUUGCGUCCAUGAUCCAAUCAACAGCCUCGUCGGAAAUGACGUAGAGAGUUACCAGGAGCAUCAGUAUAUAUUUCCGCCCUGGUACUUGAUAGUUACAUAUAUAACCUACCAAGGGCUGAUGAUGGCUAGGGGUUUGCAGCCAGCAUAAUUUGCGAUUACGAUAUCACCAAUCACUUACACAUGUGCAUGCCGUUCUAAGAUGCAAUACACCUGUACACGGAAGAGAAAUUUUUUAUCACCUCCUUCCAUGUCUAUAAAGCAUUUUGACCCCCCCCCCCAUGAGAAGGAGGAAUAGACAGAACAGAGAAUUUCCCUGACAGAAAUAUUUAAAGUACGUUUCAAAUAAUUAUUUUUCCAAUGGCCUUGUAUUAUACUGUAUGUACUACGAAUUUGCCUGUACAUCCGAUAACCUAGGC